UCGAUCACCUCCACCACACGCACUCCACUUCGUCGGCUGCGCUCCUUUCACCGCGGCGCGCCGUAAGCAUCCUCCCUUCUGCGUAACCGCACGAGCGUUCAUCUGCGCUGCCGCAUCGGGAGCUUCAUGGCCGCGACACUCGCGAUGAGCGGCGGCGGCGGACAGGAGGACACCUUCUACCCGCUGCAGAAGGCGCCUCUGCCCGCCGUUUUCCCCUUGGAGGAGUCGGCGUUGUUCGGCUUGGACUGCAAGAUCACCGACGCGGACAAGACCGGACAGCACGACUACACGCAGGUAAAGUGUGAGAUGGACCGGUACCUCUCCCCUCAGUCUCUUCCCCUUCCGCCUCACGCAGACAGCCAGCAGAAGUCGCAGAGAGACAGUGCGUCUGCACUGGAUCAGUUCUUCAACGGCGAUCACACCGGCGCUCCCUACACCCUCAACAUGAAUCUUUACCUCCCUGACGUUGCCUACCUGAGGAUGGGCUUGUGUCAGCAGAUGCGGCCCCCUCAGCACCAGAACCACGCAGGUCACCCCCAAAUCAAAACGGAGUCGGCCUCCCCGUGUUUCUCCCCCAACAUCCAGCUGCACUGCCCGAACGCCACGUCUGCGAGUGUCUGCGGCGCGUCCGCUCACGAUCCCGGCAGUAUCGCCAUGGAAACCUCAACCAUAAACAUGACGCUAACGGGGUUACCGGACUUCACCAGUGUCUUCAGCCAGUCGGGGGGCAGCCGCGGCGACGAACCAGCGCCAGAAGUGUUCAUCAAACAGGAAAUGCCGUCGCAAUUCGAGCAGCAUCCCCUCCACCACCAUGACAACAGCGGCUCGCUGUUUCAGCUCCUAAACUCCGGCUUGAACCAUCACCAUGGCAAUGGUAUGGAGGCUCAGCAUCAGCAGCAUCAUCAUCACCAUCACCAUCAUCAUCAUCAUCAGCAGCAGCAGAUACAACACACUUCCACAAUUCACGCGCCUUUCCAUAAUUUGCCGGUGGCUUCUUCUGCAUCUCAACAAGAGCAGACGGCCAAGCCGGCCUACUGCGGCCUGGCCGGCGGGGGCUACACGCACCCUCACGUUCAGGCACACCCCCACUUCCUCCAGCAGCAGGUGCCCUACCUGCCACCCUCUCCGCCGAGCUCGGAGCCCGGCAGCCCCGACAGGCAGAAGGAGCUGCUCCACAACAUGUCCCCUCCUCCCUCAUACGCAGCCACCAUCGCCUCCAAGUUGUCAGGCAGCACCCCCGGACUCGGACCCGGCCCGGGACCAGGCGGCUUGGCGCCGCCUCACACUACGGGGCCCACACCGGCCCCGGGCCAAGUCGCUCCUGCAGCGACCGCAGCCCCGACCCCAGCUCAGACCACCGUGCCUGCCCGCUACAACCGGAGGAACAACCCGGACUUGGAGAAACGACGGAUCCACCACUGUGAUUACCCAGGAUGCAAGAAAGUCUACACCAAGUCUUCCCAUCUGAAAGCCCACCUCAGGACUCACACGGGUGAGAAGCCGUACAGGUGCACGUGGGACAGCUGCGACUGGCGCUUCGCACGUUCGGAUGAGCUGACGCGCCAUUUCCGAAAGCACACGGGCGCCAAACCCUUCCAGUGCGCCGUCUGCUCGCGCUCCUUCUCCCGAUCCGACCACCUCGCCCUGCACAUGAAGAGACACCAGAACUAGCGGCGUCGCACACACUCCAAAUACACAAGCACUAUCUUGACACGCAUAAAGCACUCGCGACACCUCCCACAACAGCAGCGGUGCAAGCCGCCCGCCGACACCGCGGCUGCUCCCGGUGCUGCUAUCCUGCGCCGAAACGGUGCGAUAGCCUGACGAGCGUGUCGCUCUUAACCCAAAGGGGGACACGUCGGAGGUCGGAAAGUAGAAAGGUGAUGGACAAAUGAAGUCCGUGUCUCCUAACCUCCAGGUAUACUUGGUAUAUAUAUUUCUUUGGACGGACACAAAGAAGACAAAAAUUGUCUCGGAAAAAAAGGGAAAGGUCGCUUCAAAAAUGUGUCUCCAGUGCAACUGGACUCGUUGGAGUGACUGGAAUGAAAGCACUCAAAACUUUUACAUCUUUUGUCUGGUUCCUCUAACAUAGAACUGGCUUCGUUUUUUUUCUUUUGUUUGUAAAACUAGUCGAGCCAAAUCUUUGUUUACUCCUUGGUUUGUUAGUUUAUUCACAUAACUAAUGUAACAUCAUUUUUUAAAUUUCUUCCCUUUAGCCAAAUCCUUUGGUUUGCACUAGAAUUGGUCAUAUACGUCUUUUUGGCCCAUGUGUCUCAUUCACCACUGGAACAAUCAUUAUCGCUACUGGACUCGAUGUCUGUGAACGCCACACACAUCAUUGCUGUUCAGACAUUAAAAAUUGAAGGCAUUUAUACUCUGGAGAGAGGGGAGAUAGUGCAGGAAAACACGAGGGCGGGGUGGAGAUGAAGGGAUUUUAGUUUUUAACGAGAGGAGAUCUGAGGACGACGGAGAAAGAGAGGAAGGUGGACUGUUGCUAAAGAUCAGCAAUUAGCUGAUGAAUUAUUCAUGUUGUCUGUCGGUGGGUUUCCAACCAGAGAAAUGUAAACGGAACCGGUCGACACAUUCUAGAAAUCAUUCAGUUCAAACUGAAUUCACCGUGCUUGAUGCUGUUGAGUUUUUGAGCAUCUUCAAAAUACAAUUACUGUACAUCUCAUCCAGCUUUUUUUUCUUUUCUUUUUCUUUCCUUUAAAAGGUGUUAAAAAUGUUUUAACCAAAGUAACAUCCUCAUCACCAACACCUUAUUAAGUGCCUCCUUCUCAGAUGUAUGUGGUUUUGUUCAGUGGUAGCAGAGAUGUGAUCAAUGUUGUCCUUUAAAACACACGUAAUGCUGUUUUUUUAAUUCUCAAUCUAUUGAAAUGAAUUUAAUAUUUAGAUAACAAGGUUUACCCAUCAUGCAUUGUGAUUCAACAGGCCAGACCACUUCACGGACAUCCUGAGUUCAUGUGGAACUUUUUUUAAAUAAAAAUGUCAGCCCCCUCUCUGGGGGCUUUCACUCUGACUCUGUACACAACAAACUUACAAUCUGUCUCCAUCAGUCAGUCGAACAUGGACGUGUGUUUCAUGAAUGGAUAAGUUCACAUUUAUUCAAAGUCUUUCUUAAAACAACAUGCCUGUGUGGUUUUUGCAAGAGUUAUAUGUUGUGCAAGUGUUCCCUGUUUAAAACGUUUUCAGUGUAAGUGAUGGGAGACAAAAUCGACAGUCCUCGUAAAAAAAAGAAAAAGUAAUUGUGUUAAGCUGAACACAACGUGAGGCGUCAUCAUAUUUCAGUCCUUCGUGCAGUAUUCCCUCUUUGACAGACAGUCGCUGUGUUUCCAGAAACAUAUUUUUAGGCAUAUUUUAAAAUAUCUCAUUAACCAAAUUUGAUAAUAAAAAAAAGACAUUGAUGUACUAAAUGCAAAAAAAUUAUUUGGACAAAUUUAUUCUUCGGGCUUUCACGAUAGAGGUUUAGAAAUGAACUGAAAGUCAUUUGGAGCUGACCUCUACUCUUUGACUUUUUGAUUUUAGCCACGUGUAGAGCGAACACACCGCCAACUACUGAUGUUUAUUCUCACCAAACCAGUUGACGGAAAUGCAUCUUAUUCGCAUUUUCGUUUUGCAACAGAAGCGUAAAAAUUCGCUUUCAAAUCGCGACUGGUGUCGUAGAGCUGUUGUGGAAUAACUCAGAAACUUACCCAUUUUAGUAUUUUUUUGGCGAAUAGUAACUUUGGUUGAAGUCAUUUUACCAUUAAAAAAAGAUUGUGUCGAAUCAAUCGAGAACUCCUUCCUGUGCGCUGCACGAGGCUGUUGUUUUAAGAAUGACUUGAAAAAAUGUCACCGUCGUCCUUUUAAUGUGCGUUUGAAUGUCCAUUUUGAAGGUGUGAUUUUGCCUGCACCUAUAACUGUAUUUGUUCAUUCACUGCAGGUAGCAUCAAGAUAAUAUAGCACUGUAAUGUUUCAUGGUAAAUCUGACUAUUUAUUUGAUUGUGUAGAAGUGAGGGUUGUAUUAGAUCAACCGUCUUUCUCCCCAGCAAAAAAUGCCUUAAUGUAAAUAUAUGCACUGUAAAUAACUAUUGAUUUGUUUCCCUCUUUUGUUAUUGUUUUGUAAACAAAAGGGCAAAAAGAGGAAAAUGCCCUGCAUCCAAAAAUAUUUGAGCCUUUUUUUUUUCUUUUGGUUUUGUUUUCUUGUCGAAGAUAUUUUGAUGCCAUUGUUUUAUAUAUUGUCCUUCCAACAACUUAUUUUGUAGAUUUGUUUUCUUCCUAGUUAAACGUUCCAAAGACAAAAGUUGUUUUUUCUUCAACUGAGUGAAACCGAUCCUAAUAAAGUCGACUGACACUUUUACAGA